ACUAGAACAUAGAAAAUGGGGAGUUCAUCUAGUCAGCCUGUAGCAAAUCUUUAUGAAAAACCUGAAUCAACUGUAUUGAAUAUUUAUACCACGCCAGAAAACAAAGCUGUUGACACCUUGCCAAUAAAGGAUAAUGUGCAUCAAAAUAAAAAGGAUGAAAUCUAUUUAUUGAAGAGAAUGUUUUACAAACUUGAUCCUGCUGUAAUUAAGGACAGUUUUGACACAGCUUAUGGCCAAAUCAAACUUGCAAUAAAAUAUGUUUCUUCUCAAGAAAUGUUGCUUGUGAAGGUGUUUGAAGUCAGAUAUCUCUCUGCUAAGAAUGUGAGAGGACAUGUAUUCAGUCCAUAUGUUAAGAUUGAACUUGUAAGUACCAAUCAGACUCAAACUGAUGGCAUUUUAAUGUUGGCUGAGAAUGGAGAGAAAUAUACGAGUGAGAUAUCCAAUUCCACCAAACUUUCAUACAAUGAAAUAUUUUCUUUCAAAGGUUCUUUGAACAAUUUUGAAGAUUUAGUGUUGAGAUGCUCUGUGUGGUCAACCGAUGGAUUGGUUCAUGAUGAUUUUUUUGGUGAAACUUAUCUGGAUAUUUUUGAACUUGACUGUGUUGACACCGUGCAAAUAGCUUGGCAUAACUUGAAAGCACUGACGGACAUUACAAUUGGUGGUGAAAUUGAUCUUCAUCUCGGAUACAAACUUCCCAACACACUCAUAGUUACGAUCAACACAGCUCGUGGUAUCAAGAGGAAUAAUCAAUCUGGCGAUGCAAGGACUGCUUUGUCAGUGCGCAUGUUUAUACCGGGAGUACCUUACGCAUUUCGUACAACUCCCGUUAGAGGUGAUGAUGAAUACACGUGGAUUGAAACUUUUUCCUUUCCUGUGCCCAAAGAAGAGCUAGUAAGUCGAUAUCUGGUGUUGAUUCUCACCGAUACAAAUGAAGAUGACUCUUAUUUGGGAGAAUGUCAUAUCGACCUGGAAAAUUUGGAUGUCACGAGAGGAUUUGAAGGAACAUUCCAGCUAUCUGACAUGCGUGGAAACAAUAUUGUGCGAAGUAGAUGGAGUAAAAAUGCGGUUACUCAGGAGUUGCAAGAAGCACUUCACGCUCAUUCUGUAUACAUGAGACCCCAGUUUCUUUUCGAUCCGAAAUCAUCAAGAACUAAGGACCUCACUGUCAGCGUCCCGAAGGCGUUCGUUCACUCUCAGAUGCGUGUGGUCAACGGGGUUGUCGUCCAAUAGACGAGUCUCAUCCCUAAAGCUCAAAGUACCUGUCCGCGAGAACUAAUUAUUCCUCGUACGUUUAUUUACCGGAUCUUAGGGAACAAUGAUAAAUCGACCUAUCAUCCCUCACUUUCACUACAUCGGUAAUUAAAGAAGUAAAAUUGCCAAAUACAAUUGACAGAGGGUAACCUCAAACUUCAAUUUUAUUUUUGGAGAAAAUGUACAUCUAGGUGUAAAAAUAACUGCUAGAAUUUUUUUGUUCCAGAAUGGGUUUUUAAAUUUCUUCACUAAGUUGUCUAUCAUGUUAUCGUUAUACUAUGAUUACCCGUGGAUGCACGUGCCAUUUGCAUUGUUAAUAACUUGAUCACUUCUCAGUUUCAAUACCAGCAGUGGUGUGAUUCGAAGUUUUAGGAACGAACUCACUAGCAACGUGUUCCCUCAUUUCAGAAAAUGUAUGUAUAUCAUUACGUAGAAUGCAUUGAUAUGAUACGCUUGACAUAAAUUCAAUACAUAAUUUGUCUAAACAUAAAUAUAGCCAUAGUCCACAGCUAGGAUACACGUAACUCAUUGUUUAACGUCUAAAACAAAAUACAAGACUAGGUUUACUGAUUAUUACAACAUUGCAAGAAUAGAUUUGCGCAAACCCCAAUCCAACCACUGCUGACAUUUUCGUAUCAGCAUUAUUAACAACAAGACUUACUGUUUUGCUUAGUAAGAGUUAUUUCCAAAAUAUGGUAACGUAUUCGGUUAUUUUAAUAGAAAGUGACUUUCUCCAAUUAAGAGAAGAAAUUUUUUCGUGGUAUAAUAUCGUUUAAUAUCAUUUUUUUUCUCUUUCCUUGUCUGCACUUGAAUGAACUUUCCACUGUAUUUUGCAUUUUUCCUAUCAUAAUCAAACCCACUGUCGUAUAUUACGAUAGCAGUAAUAUUACAUUUUUUAAUUUAGUUAUUGUACAAAACUGCAGUGUAGACUAUUUUCAUAUACAAUUACAAAUAUACUUCCAUUCAUAUGA